AUGAGAGCGGAAGUAAGAAGAUGUCGUCGAUGUAAGAGAAAAAGAAUAGAUGAUGAACCACUGGAAGUUAAACAAUAUAAAACUUGUGCAAAAUGUAGGAUAAUAGAAAGAAAUAAAAAGAAUCUGAGAAAACCACUAGCUGAAGAAACUAUGUUAUAUGGGUUAAAACAAUUUAGAGAACAACAAUCAACUGAAAAUUAUAUUGAAGAAGAAGGAUUAUUAAAAGAUGAAUUUUUCAAAAGAUAUCAUAAUAAACCAUUUAGUUAUGAUAUUGAAAUAAGAAAAGUUUUAAGUAAUCCAAAUUAUGUUCCUCCAGUAAUAGUUAAUACUACUGAUGAAAUUGUUGUACCUGCAGAAACUUUAUCACCAGGUGGAACAAGAUAUCAAAUGACAUUAAAACCAAUAGAUUCGCAAGCACCGUUGAAAUUAAAAAUUGAAAGAGUUAAAAAGCCUAAACCAGCAAGUAUUCUGAAACCAUCACAAAGUAAAAUUAAUAAAUAUCAUCAAAGUCAUCAGCAACAUGUACAUCACCAACAACAACAUCAACAACAACAGCAGCAGCAGCAGCAACGAUCUUCACAUUCUCAGCAAAUAUCAACUCAAACAAAGCUUCUACCUAGUAUAUCUGAUACACAAGCUCGUGGUCAAAAAUUUACAUUACUUAAUGAUGAAGAUGAAUUGAAUGCCUUCAAAGAGGAAUUGAGAGCGUUAGGUAAUGAUUCAACAAAAAACUCAGAAAAUUUUAAUCCAUAUUUAUAUUCAAAUGUUUAUUCCGAUCUUGAACCAUUUUUAUUAAAAAUUAUUGAUUCAAAUCAUAAAAAAGAAAAUUUUAAUAAUUUAGUUUUACUAAAAGAAUUUGAUUUAAAAUUUUGUAAUGAAAUCUCGGACAAUUCUUUUGAUGAAGGUAUCAAACUUAAUACUCAAAUUUUCAAAUCUAACGAAAAACAAUCAAGAAUAAAUUUAAUAAAAAAUUUACAAUUAUUAUAUAUCGAUCCAAUUAUAGCUUCAUUACAACUAGAUUUUGAACAAAAAUCUACAAAUCUUCAUGAUUAUAAAUAUUCAAAUAACAUUAGAAGUUAUUAUCAAUAUAGAGAUAUACCAAAAUCAAGCGAAAUUAAUCAAGAAUUGAAAAAUUCAUCAAUUAGUCUUUCAUUUAAUAAAAAAUUUCAAAUCCUUACCAUUAAAGUUAAUUACGAAAUUAAUAUUCAGGAAAUAAUGGAUUAUUCACCACAAUUUAAAAAUGUAAUCUAUAAUAUUUUAAAAAAUUUUGCACAAUCAGGUAAUGAAAUAAUAUUUGAUCAAAUUCAUGGUUCAAAAGUAUAUGAGCAAUUGAAGUCAAAUUUUGAAACGUAUAAUUCUGAUUUACAAUCAUCAAUUAAAACUUUAAUUAAAGAUAAGUUUGUAAAGGACUUUAUAAAUUUUGAAAAAGAUAUGAAAGUGAUCAAAGAAGAAGAACAAGAAGAAAUGGAAAUAGAUAAUUACGACGAAGAUGAGGAGGGCAAUGACGAAGAUGAAGAAGAAGAAGAAGGGGAAGAAGGUUAUGAGGACGAUGAAGAAAGUUUAGUACAAGAUAAAGUUGUUGAAGAAAUAAACAAAGAAAUAGAAAAAGGAGAUGAUAAUAGUAAUAAAAAUAAUACUGAAAGUGAUACUAAUAUAGACGGAAAUUAUGGAAAUCUAUUGAUUAAUAAUCCAGAAAUUAAUAUUUCAAGAAACAAUAACUUAAAUGAAAAUGAAUUCACAAAGAAAGAAACAACUGCUGAAAUAGUGGAUCCAAUUUUUAAACCAUAA